UGAGAUGAGGCCCUGCCCACAGGGCUGAGGUAUUUAGAGGCAAAGACUGCCAACGCGGACGCUGAUCUGCGGGUGUUUGCUGAGGAGCUCGAGGAGGUGGCACAGUUGAUCUGUUUUGGCCCAGAAAUCAGUCAUGAUGCUGCUGAGGUCACUUCUAUCCGCCUACUUGGUCGCCGUGGCCUUUGCAGUCCCUGCCCAGGAGAAGCGCAUCCAUCACCAAGCUGACCUGAGCAACCACAUCCAUGAUGAUGAUCACGGCUACCAGUACGACCACGAGGCCUUCCUGGGAAAGGAGGAGGCCAAGACCUUUGACCAGCUGACCCCCGACGAGAGCAAAGACAGAUUAGCGAAGAUUGUGGACCGCAUCGACACCGAUAAAGAUGGCUACGUCAGCCACGCAGAGCUGCACCACUGGAUCAAACAUCGGCAGAGGAGGUACAUCGAGGAGAACGUCAACAAGAACUGGAAGGACUACGAUCAGAACAAAGAUGACAAGAUCAGCUGGGAGGAGUAUAAAAAUACCACCUAUGGAUACUAUCUGGGUGAGGAGUUCGAUGAUGUGGAAGACAAGGCCACCUAUAAAGCCAUGCUCACCCGGGACGAGCGGCGCUUCAAGUCAGCCGACCGAGAUGGCGAUGGGAUUGCCACGAGAGAGGAGUUCACUGCCUUCCUCCACCCUGAGGAGUUUGACUAUAUGACGGAUUUGGUAGUUCAGGAAACUAUAGAAGACAUUGAUAAGGACAGCGAUGGGAAGAUCAACCUGGAUGAAUACAUCGGGGAUAUGUUCACCCCAGAGGACGAAGAAAGUGAACCGGACUGGGUCCAGACGGAGAAGAAACAUUUCGCUGAGUUCAGAGACACCAACAAGGAUGGAUACCUGGAUGCUGGAGAAGUGGCCCACUGGAUUUUACCAGGAGACGUGGACCAUGCAGACAACGAGGCCAAGCACCUCAUCCAUGAGACGGACACUGAUAAGGAUGGGAAAAUCACAAAGACGGAGAUUCUGUCCAACUGGAACAUGUUUGUGGGAAGUCAGGCAACCAAUUACGGCGAAGAUUUAACAAAGAAGCACGAUGAACUCUGAGCUGCUGCCUUCAUUAUUCACUUCGCAUGCUGAGGAGAUUUCGGUCACCUUGGGUUAAGGGACAGGGUUCUGGUCCGGAGUCCAGGUCCGGUCCUUGGACCCACAUUCACACACACACACACACACACACACACAUACAUACUGUGUAUGUAAGUACUGUCGGUGCUGAGGAACAUGCAGGUCUCUCUGUGGUUGUUUUACUAAUGUUUUUCCUGUUGUCCCAUGGAAAGGUUGAGCUGUGAGCUCCCAGGGUUCCUGACCCAGAUUUUCUCCAACAUGCACUGAUGCUGUUUUUCUAAAAAGGUCAAAAUGUUCAAAUACGGUGCUGAUGAUGUUCUUGUGUUAUGAAAAUAUGUAAAAGUGCAGAAAUGUCCAAGUGGAACAAAGGGAAACAAAGUGAGAAACUUUUCUGACUUCACUAUUAAAAUUCUUGUU